CCAAUGGCGUGCGGGCCCACUGCGCAGGCGCCUCGUUCGGAAAGUGUCUUAUUCAGAUUGCGGGGAGCGGGAACCAGCGAAGACGAUUUCGCGCCGGCGCAUAGUGUAGACUAUGUCUCAGCGACCUCCGCGAAACUUCCGCCAGCGCAAGGCAGAUUCCGGCUCCAGCUCUGACCCCGACUCUGACCCUGGGCCUAGCCCUGAUCUGGGCCUCGGUGGCCGCGUUUCCGAGCGCGCACUCGGGGCUCCGCGGAGUCGAGGCCGCGCCCAUGUAUGGGCAACUUCGCGCCGCACAGGCACCUCUCGGUCUGGACCUGCCCCUCCAGAUGUGCACAGGGCCGCAUCUGAAAGUUGCUCCAGUUCUCCAGAAGUGAAUGGCGGCUCCUCCGAGUCUCACCCUGCUACUCCCUGUGAGGACAAGGACACUGAAGCUGAAGCCCGUGACUUCUUGGGAAGCGGCUCGUCUGGCAAGGCAUCUUUUUCCCCAGGAUUGCAGGAUGACUGGUCAGGUGCGUGGCCUAGCCUGCAGGGCCCCCAGGGACCAGUCCUGGGGUCGUGGCAGCCUCGCCAACCCUACCCGAAGGCAGCGGCAGGGGGGGCCACGGCCCAAGAGGACUACCUCCCACUGAGCGAGAGGCCGUGGGACCAUGUCUUGGAUCAGAAGGGGAGCAGCGACACCGACUCUGACGUCGGGCCCACCCCCAGAGGAAUGGGGAUCCACAUGCUGAGACUGCGGGGGGCUGGCGAAGCAGCCUCCAGCAGUGAAGGCCAGGAGGAGGGGGGCUCCGAGGGGGAGGCUCUGGAUGUCUGGGAGGCCCAGCAGAUGAGGAAGGCCCUGCGAGUCACAGACGUGGCACCUGACCCUGGCCUCAAGGUGCAGAACCGUCAUGUGGUGAAGAGAACCCUGGACGGGCCUGUGUCCUUUCCCCCCGUGAACCUGGAAAUCAUCAAAAAACAGCUCAGUAGCCGGUUGGCAUCCUUGGAGGGUGUGCACCAUUCCCACCAGAGGGAGUACGAGAGAGUCUUGCAGGACAGGGACAGUGCCAAGAACACCAUCGCGGACCUAGAGAAAGUGCCUGACCCGGCUCCCACAUGUGCCUUUUACAGGGGCCUGAAGGCCUACCUGGCCGCCCUGGUCGACUGCCUCAGUGAGAAGAUCAUGGUCAUUCAGCAGCUAGAGUCAGCCAUGCAUUCCCUCCUUCAAGAACGCAUUGCCUCCUCCCUGAAGCGGCGGCAGGCAGAGUUACAGGAGGAAGCCAUGCACUUACAGCGACUGGCAGGUGAGGUGGAUGGGGUGCUCCUGGCGUGGAGAGUCUUGCCACAUGUGUCCCAGGGAGGCCCUUUUGACUCCAAGCCAAGUGCUUCUAGUGUGGGUGAAAAACAAAGCUUAUGCACUUUAAAACAAUGGAGACUGAGUUUUAAGUUGGAUGUUGCUAAGGUUCUGACCUCGGUUGUAGGAAGGGCAGGGACAGAAACAGGGGCUUUUCUGAGUUUCCCUGAAGGGGCUCCACUCCAGAUUACAGCAAACGUGCCCAGGACCAGUUGGGGAUCCACAUCCCUCCAGAGGCGUGGGAGCAGGGACCCAAGCCUGAGAAGGGGCAGGGCGUGGCCUCGGGAGGCUUGGGGUGAGGAAGGUCCUCAUGUCCCAAGCUCAGAGCACUCUGAUGGUGGAGGGAAGAAGAGGGAGGGAGAGAGAGGGAGGCAGACGGAGACUGUUCUGGGCUCCUCUAGCUCCAGGGGGUCAGCGUGGGUCUGCAGGGAGCGGAGCCAGGAGGAGCCUCACAGGCCUGAUGGUGGGGUGGAUGGGGCUCUGCGCUAUGCUCUUUGUCAUUCGUUAGCCAGAAAGAUGGACGACGCCCCAGCUCCCGGCAGCUUGGCAGAGGAUGUUGGCGCCCAGAAACUCCCAGACGAGGCUGCUGCCCGCAGGGUGAUAGUUGUUAUAAAAUGCAGGAUGCGAAGAAGACAAGCCAGGGAGAGUUCGGGGAUGUCCCAGCAUCAGGAAGACAUGUCUAGCGAUGGUGACAAUGACAGCGACAGCAUGUCUCCAUCAGAGGGGUCCAACUUCCGGGAAAGGCAAGGGGCUAUUUUACGAAGCUGCCAUAGUGUUUUCGAAGAUGUCAAUGAGGAAUUUUCUGAUGUCCAGAAGAUUUUGCUGAAAUUCCAGCAAUGGCGAGAACGCUUUCCUGAUUCCUAUCAUGAAGCUUAUGCCAGUCUCUGCUUGCCCAAACUUUUUAGUCCCUUCAUAAGGAUUCAGAUGUUGGAUUGGAAUCCUCUGAAGCCAAGGACAAAGUUUAUUGGAACACUGAUCAAGCCGAACUGUGUCAGUCUGCAGUGCAUGCCCUGGUUCCAGUCCCUGGAGGGAUUCGCCAAGAGUGGGGCAGCUGCCCAGAGUGAGGAACAGAGCCCUGAUGGAGAGAUCCUGCCAGCUGCUCUGGAGAAGACUGUCCUGCCACACAUCACAGUUUUUGUCAGAUUCUUCUGGGACCCUGUGUCCACGUCGCAGACCAGAAGCCUCGUGCAGCACUGUAGGGAGAUCCUUGGCCUUUGUGCAGCCACACGAGGCAGAAGGAGUCAUGCCACUCAGCCUCGGAAGGAGGACAUAGGGAGGAACCUGGGUUCAGAAUACUCCAAAGAAGUGAGGGCGAGUCUGGAGUCCGGCAUCCCCCUAGGCCAGGGAGCGCAACCUAAGGCACCACCAGGGACCUUCUCUGUGGCUUUCUUAAGUACUGAGGUCUUAGCCUCUGAACAGCAGGAGCUGAUGGACUCAGUCGUUUCAAGAUUGAAGAAGGCGGUUGAGGAAGACGUCUUUAUUCCCCUCUAUCCAAAAAGGCUUGUGGAGGACAAAGCCUCACCACACGCCAGCUUCCAGGAGCGGCAAUUCUGGUCAGCUGUGCAGCUCUUGGGCAACAUUCUUCUCUGGGAUGGCCUCAUCCUGAAGGAUGCCUUACGUGAGCUGGUACUGGACAAGCUGCUGAACCGCUACCUUGUCAUUGGGCUCUCGAAUGCCUGCCCUGGGCCAGGGGUGGCUGAAAAGUACCGCAGGGUGGUCGAGAGUCUCCCCAAAAGCUGGUUCAGUGAGCAGCACGCAGGGUCUUCCAUUCCCCAGCUCGCCAGCCUCACGAACGCGCUGGUGCAGGCAGCGCAGCAACUCCAUGACAGUGAGCUUGGGUCUGAAGUGGGAGAGAUGGUCCUUCUGUUGGUAAAAAUGAAGGCUUUGAUGCAGGCCCGAGCCUUUGUGGAGAGAAACCAGCUGGAUCUGCUGAGGUCAUGUGUGAAUGCGCCACAGUGACGGGGAAGGCGGAGGGCAGCCUUGGCCCAAGGCCCCUCCCACCCGGAGUGCCUGCUGGUGUGGGUGUGCAGACCCUUCCCCCACUGGGGGAGGGCCAAGCAGGAUUGAUUCCACCCUCGUCACCACCUGCCCCCUUGGUGUAUUGUCUAGCCACACAGUAGGUGCUUAAUAAACGUUUAUUGUACUU